AUAUUUGAUUAUUGGCCGCGACAUGGCCAUGAUGGAUGCUUGAAUGACAUAUGAAGACGUCGUCACGGUCGAGACUCCAAGUGCCAGGCGAGAGAGGGUGACGUUUUGAAAAGCUGCGAUAAUGGAGGAGUACGAUACGCCAAGAAUUCUCUCCAUCCAAAGUCACGUUGUCGCGGGCUACGUUGGUAACAAGAGUGCCACAUUUCCCUUGCAGCUUCUAGGAUUCGAAGUCGAUGCCAUAAAUUCGGUUCAAUUAUCCAAUCAUACAGGCUACAAAGUUAUAAAGGGUCAAGUGUUGAACAGCGAAGAUUUAGUGGAUUUGAUGGAUGGCCUGAUCGAGAAUAACAUAGACCAUUAUACUCAUUUACUUACAGGCUAUGUUGGCUCUGCUUCGUUCCUAAGACAAAUAGCUCAAGUAGUUCAGAAAUUAAAAAGCAAAAACCCAAAACUUUUAUAUGUUUGCGAUCCUGUUAUGGGUGAUAAUGGUAAAAUGUACGUUCCCGAAGAACUGAAAGAAAUUUAUAAAAAUGAGAUUAUUCCACUCGCCGAUAUUAUAACACCAAAUCAUUUCGAAUUAGAGCUUUUACUGAAUAGGAAAAUUCAUACCUUAAGUGAAAUAAAAGAUAGCUUACAAGAGUUGCAUAAAUUGGGUAUUAGAACAAUCGCUGUUUCGUCAACCUAUCUAGAUGGAAAAUUGAUAUCCAUUGUCAGUUCAACUACAGACGAAGUUAUUAAAAUUGAGAUACCGCAAAUAUCAGCAAUUUAUACAGGCUCGGGUGACUUAUACGCUGCCUUAUUCCUAGCUCAUAGUUAUUUACAAAAUAAUUUGAAAUUAGCCCUUGAAAAUACCAUAAAUUCGCUUCACGACGUUCUUCUCAAGACUUACGAAUAUUCUCUAGAUAUUAAAAAUAGGAAUAUGCAGGACGUGAGGAAAAUUGAACUACGCUUGAUUCAAAGUAAAAGAUUUAUUGAAAAUCCCUCUAAUAAAUUACAAGCUGAAAUAAUUUAGAUACAGAUUUACAUAAUAAUAUUGGAAAGUAUAAAAAAGGAAAAGAAAAAAAUUUCUACUAAAUUAUAGAUGGCUAUCCUGCAGGAUUGGAAAAUGUUACCAGGCGAUAUCGAAUCUAUAUA